AUGAAAUUUCCCACAGAGAACCCAAGAAAACCAGGGCACCCCAACCCUUCGCCAGUGGCAGCCCAGACCAAUCUGUUCCCCCAAAAGAAGGUCCAGCCAGGCAUGAUGAGUUCCAGCCUGGUGCAGGCCAGUGUGGCCACCAUGCAGAACCCCAUGGGCUGCACUGUUCCCCGACUCUCUCCGUCAAGGCCCGCCAGCAUGGUGGCCAGUAUGGAGGCGGUGGGCGAGGACGGCUCGCCCCUGUUUACCGUCAUGAAGUGGAAGACGGUGGUGGCGGUAUUCGUGGUUGUGGUGGCAUAUCUGGUCGGGGGAGGUCUGGUGUUCCGGGCCCUGGAACAGCCCUUCGAGAGCAACCAGAAGGUGACCAUCACUGCGGAGAAGGCAGCGUUCCUGCAGAAACACCCCUGUGUCUCACCGACGGAGCUGGAGGCACUCAUCAAGCACUCUGUAGAUGCUGUGAAUGCUGGGGUCAGCCCGAUAGGAGACACAUCCUAUAACUCAAGUCACUGGGACCUGGGCAGUGCCUUCUUCUUCGCCGGAACAGUCAUCACAACCAUAGGGUACGGUAACAUUGCCCCCAGCACGGAGGGUGGGAAGAUUUUCUGUAUCCUGUAUGCAAUAUUCGGCAUCCCUCUGUUUGGGUUUCUGCUAGCCGGUGUGGGAGACCAGCUAGGGACCAUUUUUGUGAAAAGCAUCGCGAAGGUGGAGAAAAUGUUCAGACGCAAACAGAACCAGAUCAGCCAGACAAAGAUCCGAGUGGCCUCCACGUUACUCUUCAUCCUGGCGGGCUGCAUCCUCUUCGUCACCAUCCCUGCAGUCAUCUUCAAACACAUAGAAGGCUGGACAGGACUGGAGGCCAUUUAUUUUGUUGUCAUCACUCUGACAACUAUUGGAAUAGGAGACUAUGUGGCAGGAGGGGACCGGAGGGUGGAGUAUCGUAAUUGGUAUAGACCACUGGUGUGGUUCUGGAUCCUGGUGGGUUUGGCCUAUUUCGCUGCUGUGCUGAGUAUGAUCGGUGACUGGCUGAGGGUUCUGUCCAAGAAGACAAAAGAGGAGGUCGGUGAGAUCAAGGCCCACGCGGCUGAGUGGAAGGCCAACGUGCGCGCAGAGUUCCGGGAGACGCGGCGGCGCCUGAGUGUGGAGGUCAGCGACAAGCUCCAGCGGGCCGCCACCAUCCGUAGCAUGGAGCGCCGUCAGCUGGGCCUGGACCAGCGGGCUGUCUCCAUGGACAUGCUCUCCCCGGAACGCCGUGCCGUCUUCAACAGCCUGGACACCAACCCCUACAAGACCUCGUCCCAAGAGAGCAUUGAUACCAAGCUCAACAACCUGCGUCUGAGAGGGGCCGAGUGUGGUCCACACCGGUCUGACAAUGUGGCCGCCUCGGAGGACAACAUCUUUAAUCGCUUGGGCUCUGUCACCAAGCUGGCCAAGAGGAGCAAGAACCGCGAGCUGAAGAAAAACAUCCCAGAUCAACUACGAUGCAGGCCCUAUAGUACUCCGCCCAUAGAGAUGGGGGAGAGUAAGGAGGAAGAUGAGGAAGAUGAGGGGUUAGACAAAGAGUUCAACACCAGCCUGUCCGAUCUGCCGCUGUUCGUGGAAGUGUGCAAGCCCCAGAACGGUUUUACAGUACCAUUCAUACCACUACAGACCAAAGAUAAAGAAACUGAGGAGGAGACAUUUGAACUGUAA